UUGUCAACACUGACACUGCUGUCGACUGUCAAAACGCCGAUCAACGUACGAUUUGAGGUUAGAGUUGUUGUUUAUUUCGCGUUUUUGGUGGUUUUUCGGGGCAGUUAUGGCAGCCCCCCCACAGGCGUUGGUUAACCGCAACAAAAAACACUUCCUAGGAGUGCCCGCACCGUUGGGUUAUGUCGCAGGAGUCGGUCGAGGGGCUACGGGGUUCACCACACGUUCUGAUAUCGGUCCAGCGAGGGACGCUAACGAUGUUUCGGACGACCGACAUGCCCCACCUGCGGCAAAACGCACAAAAAAGAAAGAUGAAGAAGAGGAGAAAGAGGAAGAAGAAGAUUUGAAUGACUCAAAUUACGACGAGUUUAGCGGGUAUGGGGGCUCACUUUUCUCCAAAGACCCCUACGAUAAGGACGAUGCUGAAGCUGAUGCCAUUUACGAAGCGAUUGAUAAGAGAAUGGACGAGAAACGUAAGGAAUACAGGGAGAAAAGAUUAAGGGAAGAGUUGGAGAAAUAUCGACAAGAAAGGCCAAAAAUUCAGCAACAAUUCUCUGACUUGAAACGCGACCUGCAGAAUGUCUCCGAGGACGAGUGGAGGAGCGUCCCUGACGUGGGGGACGCCCGUAACCGGAAACAGCGCAACCCCCGAGCUGAGAAAUUCACCCCUUUGCCCGACAGUGUCCUCGCCCGGAAUCUCGGGGGCGAAUCCACCACCACUAUUGACCCCAGUUCGGGGCUAGCUAGUAUGGUUCCGGGGGUUGCCACCCCCGGAAUGCUCACCCCGACUGGAGACAUGGAUUUGCGUAAAAUCGGUCAAGCUCGUAACACCCUCAUGAAUGUUAAAUUGUCACAAGUGUCCGAUUCAGUGACGGGGCAAACCGUAGUGGACCCUAAGGGGUAUUUGACCGAUUUACAAUCAAUGAUUCCCACCUAUGGGGGUGAUAUUAAUGAUAUCAAGAAGGCGAGAUUGUUGCUUAAAUCGGUGAGGGAGACGAAUCCGAAUCAUCCCCCGGCGUGGAUUGCUAGUGCGAGAUUGGAGGAGGUGACAGGGAAGGUGCAAGCAGCGAGGAAUUUAAUUAUGAAAGGGUGUGAGGUUAAUCCCCAAAGUGAGGAUUUGUGGUUGGAGGCGGCGAGGAUUAAUCCCCAGGAUACGGCCAAGGCGGUGAUUGCACAAGCGGCGAGGCAUAUACCAACAUCGGUCCGGAUCUGGAUCAAGGCAGCGGAUGUGGAAGUGGAAACAAAAGCCAAACGUCGCGUCUACCGCAAAGCCUUGGAACACAUCCCCAAUUCGGUGCGUCUCUGGAAAGCCGCCGUGGAAUUAGAAAAUCCCGAAGACGCCCGAAUUCUCCUCUCCAGAGCUGUAGAAUGUUGUCCCACAGCUGUUGAACUCUGGUUAGCCCUCGCCCGACUCGAAACCUACGAAAAUGCCCGAAAAGUCUUAAACAAAGCACGAGAAAAUAUCCCAACUGAUAAACAAAUUUGGACAACUGCUGCAAAACUCGAAGAAGCUAAUGGUAAUCAUGCAAUGGUGGAGAAAAUCAUCGAAAGAGCUAUAACAUCAUUGAGUUCAAACGGUGUUGAGAUAAAUCGCGAACAUUGGUUUAAAGAAGCUAUAGAGAGUGAGAAAGGGGGCCAUGUGCACUGUUGUCGUGCUAUAGUUAAAGCAAUUAUUGGGUAUGGGGUGGAGCCCGAGGACCAGAAACACACCUGGAUUGAAGACGCCGAAAAUUGUGUGAGUCAGGGGGCUUACGAGUGUGCCCGCACUGUCUACAACCACGCCCUCGCCACCUUCCCUGGCAAAAAAUCAAUAUGGUUGCGUGCCGCCCAUUUGGAAAAGAACCAUGGAACGCGUGAAAGUCUCGAAGGUUUGCUUCAACGUGCUGUUGCACAUUGUCCCAAAAGCGAGAUUUUGUGGCUUAUGGGGGCUAAAAGCAAGUGGUUGGCGGGUGAUGUACCAGCAGCGAGAGGUAUUCUCGCACUAGCCUUUCAGGCGAACCCCAAUAGUGAAGAGAUUUGGCUUGCGGCUGUUAAAUUAGAGUCAGAAAAUCGCGAAUAUGAGAGAGCAAGGAGGUUAUUAGCCAAAGCGAGAGGUUCAGCCCCCACGCCAAGGGUUAUGAUGAAAAGUGCAAAACUGGAAUGGACAUUAAAUGAUCUAAAAGCGGCACAAGAAUUGUUAGAUGAGGCUUUGAAGGUGUUCCCCGAUUUUGCCAAGUUGUGGAUGAUGAAGGGGCAGAUACACGAACAGGAGGGGGAGAUGUCCAAGGCCUUCGAUGUGUAUUAUGGGGCGAUCAAAAAAUGCCCGAAUUCGAUCCCGUUGUGGAUUUUGCUGUCACGCCUCGAGGAGAAACGUGGUUUGUUGAUAAAAGCGCGCUCAAUGUUGGAAAAAGCCCGCUUGAAGAACCCCAAAAACGACCAAUUGUGGCUCGAGGCAAUCCGAAUCGAGAUCCGAGCCGGUAUGAAAGACAUCGCAAACGCAAUGAUGGCUAAAGCACUUCAAGAAUGCCCCACUUCGGGGCCACUAUGGGCCGAAUCAAUUUUCAUGGAAGCAAGACCACAACGAAAGACACGCUCAGUGGACGCGCUCAAGAAGUGCGAACAUGACCCCCAUGUCCUCCUCGCUGUGAGCAAAUUAUUCUGGUCGGAGCGUAAAAUCGGGAAAUGUCGGGAAUGGUUCCAAAGGACGAUUAAAAUUGAUUCGGAUUUUGGGGACGCAUGGGCUUAUUGGUACCGAUUUGAGCAACUUCAUGGUACUAUCGAACAACAAGAUGAUGUGAAACAGAGGUGUUUAGCGGCGGAGCCCCAUCAUGGAGAGUUGUGGUGUUCGAUUUCAAAAGACAUUAAAAAUGUGGGGUUGAGUAAUGAGCAACUUUUAACUCUCGUUGCAAAAGAAGUUGUUAUACCAGUUUGAAUUAAACGAAACUAGCAAAGACAGGUAUUGUUUAAUCAAUUAGAUUUUAAAGAAAAAAAUUUAUUUGAAAAAUUGUUCUAAUUGAAUGAACAAUAGGGGGCCCCCACAGUGGGGUGACAGCCAAUGAAGCGAAUUUGAACAAUUAAUAAUUAAUAAAUAAUCUUACGUGCAUGUACAAAAUCAUAAAAAAAUCAAUUUUCUUGAUAAAUGUCACAAUCGUGGUAUCAAUUAUCAGAUUUGUUCUGUCUGCGUUGCAAGGCAGCCGCCAAGUCCUGUUUCAGCGCUUGUUGUUGCAUACUUUCAGACAAUGGUUGCACUGAACGUAAACUAUUAACAAUAUCUUUAGUUUUACUGAAAUAUAUUU